AUGGACGACUCGGCAAAAUGCAGGCGGGGCCGCGCUGUCGAGUUUUUGACAAAAAACACCGUUUCCGUCCCAACUCUGCCGUGGUACAGGCCUGCUCUAUUCCUGUUAUUUGGACCCGCCGUUGACGACACUUAUUGUUCCCUCGAAUCAGUUGAAUCCAUUAAAAUGAGCAAUUUCCCCUUUUCUUCCUGCCUCCAUCUUCAGGGUCUUCUUCGAGUUCGACUUCAGAAACCUUGCGCUGGACCAAUGCGCCGCCAAGCUUCACCGAUGCUCCCCGUUGUCAACCGAGCACCGUCAUUACGUUCCGGGACAAACGUGGUCUCGCCUGACAACAACGACCCCUGGACGUCUCGACACGAGAUCUACUUUCCCUCUGGGCCAGCCCAGGUAGCCCGGUUGGUAGCCAUUUUAGGAGAAGCCGUCUUCUGCUGGCCUCUUCUGUCUUGGCCAGUAACUACUACUCAUCACAAAGUGUGA